AUGCAACGGAGUAAAAGGAAAUGUAAUCAAGAACUGGCACAGCAAUCUUCUAGCAAACAACGAGGCAAAAGUAAACCAGGAAAAGUUUGCAAAAUGACAAAAACAAAAAAAGAAGCUAAAGUUAAUAAUUCUGAAGUAUUCCAUCACGAAUUUGUAAGUGUAAAAAUUGAGCCAGAGGAGAAAUUGGAUAUCAUCUGCUUUAGUUAUUGUCGUUGCUGCUUUAAAAUGCUUGAAGCAUAUGAAACUGGAGAUCCAAUUGACUCGCAUCAGUUGUUAAAUCUAUUAAAAGAUAUUACUCAACUUAAUCUUCAGUCCUCUAACUUUGCAUCAAACUUUUGUUAUGAAUGUGUGAAUGAAAUUCAUCGUUUUAGUGACUUCCGAUCAUUGACGAUUGCAAAACAGAAUAAAUUCCUUGAAAUAAUUCAAAAUGAAAAUAUUGAGGAGUUGAAGGAACUUUAUGAAAUGAAUUUUGAAGAAAAUUCAAAACCAGAAGUAAAACUAGAAACAAAUGAAAAUCUGAUGAUUAUCAAAGAUGAAUUUAAUGCAGAAACAACUUCUAAUGCAACUAAAAUUGGGAAAGUCAAAAGAGCUUCAAAAAAUAUUGCCCGUUCUACAUGCCCACUUUGCUCUUCUAAGGUAAAUAAUUUGGAUCGUCACAUGCUUCGUUGUCAAUCUCUAAAGUGUGAAUAUUGUGAUUUUAAAGGCGCCAAUAAAUAUAAGCUUAAUAAACACAUUAAAAAUGUACACGCAAAACCAAUUAAAAGAAAAUCAGAAUCCAGUAUAUGUCCGGAAUGUGGAAAAGUGUUGAAAGGAGGCGUUCAAGAUCACAUUAAAGCUUUCCAUCAGAACAUUAAGAAUUUUUAUUGUGACUUUUGUGAGUACGGAACUUAUACAAGGACGACGUUUGUACGACACAUGCUUGCUCAUCAUCUCCCAAAAACUCUUAAAUGCAAUGAUUGCGAAUAUACUGCAGCUAAUGAAGUCAUGCUUAAUCUUCAUUGGGACAGAUGCCACGAAGAAAGUAAAACUAAACUUGUUUGUUCGUUAUGCAAUCUAACUUUUAAACGACAAAGUAGUCUUGUUGAUCAUAUCAAACGAAAGCAUGACAAAAUUAAAAACUUUCAUUGUGAUAUUUGCGAUUAUGAGUCAUAUACUAAGACUGAAAUGGAAUAUCAUAAGCUCAACAAGCACAGCAUGAACAGAGAUCACAUGUGUGAUAAAUGUGGAAAGAAUUUUGCUACAAAUCGAAUGCUUUAUGUACAUGUGAAGAAUGUUCAUGGAGAAAGACGUUUUCAGUGCGAAAAAUGUAAAAAGGAUUUCUUGAAUAAAAGUCGUUUACAAAGACAUGUUGAAAGAGUUCACAUUAGACUUAAACGUUUUGUUUGUGAUGCAUGUGGAAAAGGCUUUUCUGAUCCCAAACGACUUUUCACUCAUAAAAUGGGACAUGCUGGGAUCAGAUUCCCCUGUUUCAUCCCUGGAUGUCAAUCAAGUUUUACAAGGAAAGAUGCUGCAGUGUUUCAUAUUAAACACAAUCACAGUUUAACAGCAUUAGAGGAAAAUGAUUGUAAGGAAAAAUUAGAUGAAUUUUGUUUUAAUCUAAAGAAAAAUUAA